AUGUUGGUAAUGACGGUGAACACAUUGGGCCGGUUUAUAAUUUGUUGCGACUAUUGGGAAGACGGGUGCCGUGAAAUGGUGCCACUCAAGGACUUAAAACAGCAUACAGUCGACUGUCGCUAUAAGGAUAUUAAAUGUUCGAGAUGUCAGUGCGUAAAGACAUGGAAACACGACUGUAUCAAAGCGUUACAGGCUAUGAAUCGUAACGCAGAGACAGAGUUACGGACAUUACGUAUGGCUAGGGAUCGGCAAAGGCGACUACGACUGCGGCCAUCACUGCCCGUAAUGUGUGUGAAAUGCAAUCUCGUGCUGACAGAGAGACACGACUGUAUCAAUGAGUUACUCGCGCAACUAUCAUCAGAUCACCAGAUACUGGCCGAAUGUAGACAACACUUGUGGGCACCGGAGCUGUUAUCCAACAAAAUGAGCGCCGAUAUGACCGACAAAACACUGGCCAUAAUUAGGCAACAGUUGACCGAACAGAACAGCCUAUACCUCGUGUGUCAACAUGUGGUCAAUCAUAUGGAGCUCGAGUUUGGCAGCCAAUGGCACUGUUGGGCUGACCGGCGGCCCGGAAGUAGCACAGGUUAUGCUAACAAUCUAAUUGACUUAAAACUACUAGUUUGGUCUAACUUCAAGGCCCGGCUCAAGCAUAACAAAAUUGCACAUAAAUUAGACAUAUUUUACACGGAUAUGAAUGAGACGACGGUAUCGGCGGUGACGGCCAUUGUGUUUGAGGCCAUCGACCGGUCGGACAGUAUGGGCGACACAACCAAAGACAUUAAAAACCGUUUGGAGACCGUAUUUCCUGUCAAAACGUGGCAGUGCUUUAUCUACCAUAAAGGCUCGUGCAGCACGUUUAUCGAGUGUCACCUGGGCUUUUACUUAAUACAUGUACAUUGCAAUCGGGGGCUAAACCGGUGCGCCUCCCGGUGCACACCCGACCAGAAAACGUUGCCGGCGAAUAGCAUGGCGGCGCCCAUACACACGUUCAUCAAAAACACCAGGCGCAUUCCGGGCGACAUGUGGCUGCUGUAUAUGGAGGCGUAUAUAAAAUCGCACAGGGCCGUGGCGCCAAAAUACAAGCCUACUAUCACCUGA